AGCUGCCUGCCAAUAACCACCACGAACUCACUCCAGAUCAUGAUGCUGAGGCCGAAGGACUUGUGUCAGGGAUCUGGCACCAAAACUUUCCUGGAAGCCAUGCAGAGCGGGAAAGUCCACUUGGCACGCUUCGUCCUGGACGCCUUGGACGGGCGCAUCAUCAACGGGAAAGCCGAAAACGGGCGAACGCUUCUAAUGCACGCCGUGUGCCUUCAAGAGCAAGCAACUAGAUCUAAAUUCACCCAGCUUUUGCUGGAAAAAGGCGCAGACGUGAAUGCACGGGACGACCAUGGACGCACAGCCUUGAGUCUUGCGUGCGAACAUGGACAUUUAGAUUCGGUGAAGCUCCUGGUGCAAUUCAACGCUGAUCCAGAGCUGACGGACACUUGGGGAAACAGUGCUCUCAUGUACGCCGCGUGUGGAGGACACAGCCAAAUUUUGGAGUUCCUCGUCCGGGCGUUUAAGAAGCUCGGUUUGCGAUUGGAUCGCACCAACCACGCCGGGCACUCGGCCAUCCAAGUUGCAGAUUUCUUCGGCCACAACCAGUGCGUUCAAACCCUCAACGGGUGCGGAAAGAAGACGGUGAGUCCGACAAACAGCACGGGGGAACCCGCUGAAGACCUGCGAUGGCCCAAUCGCCUCCCGAAGCAGGUCCUAGAGAGAUUCUCCAAACAAAUCCAAAGCAAGCACGAGGAAAUCCUCCCGGCUUUGUUUCAGAGACAGCUGCGUGUCGGCGACAGCAACGGCCUGCGGAUUCGCUUCAGACGUCCAGAUGCCAACCAAACCCUCAACAGAUCCGAAGAUGGACCAGAUCUGCUAUUCGCUUCGAAACAGAUUCAAAACUCGGUUCUGAAAGAGGUCGGAAGCACCAAAAGCGCAGAGUGCGAGGUGGACGGCGAGACGCCAAUUUGGGGAAAAACGCGUUCGUUUAAUCUUGACCUCAGAACUGGAAGAAAACAAUCCUAUCAGGGCGACUUGCAUGAAGUCAACAGAUCUGCUCCCAAAUUCAAAAGAGCAUCACUACAAGACGAGAAACCACUUGUGGCGAAGUUCUACAACCAAAACAGCACAAAAACGUCUGGCGAGAGCCGAAAAGACAUGCAAAAACGCGGAAGCGUACCCAAAACUACCAGACAGAGCAAACUUCUGUUUAGUCGGGAAGAACUCGAACCUGAAAGGAUCAAACCUCGCUCUUCUGGGCUCUCCGGGUUCGGAAACAGACUCCUGCGUAGAUUCACGGCUCCUGAGUUCAUGCGACACAUCAGAGACUGUCCCAGCGAAGCUGGACACGGUAGAGGGAAGAUGUCUCGGUCCGAGACCUUCCCGUUCUCGCACACGCACAUGAGAGUGAACAGCCAGCCGAGCGUGGACAGCAUCAGCGCAGUGAGAUGCGAAUUUGAGAGCAAUUCUGCUCUUAAAUGAGCUUUUAAAUGCAUAUUUAGUGUAAAACACUCUUGUGGGCAUUUAGAGAGAUGUUUAUGACUAUGGCAGAGACGUUAUAAAUAGCCGUGUACUUUAUGAAUGUAAGAAGUCGAGCUCUCUUGAGACUUUUAACUGCUGCUGCUGCUGCUCUCAAGGUCUUUUGAACUGCCUCUGUAGAUUCAUUAACAUUCUUCAGCUAAUUUAAUUAUUAUGCACUGCUAAAGAGUGUCUGUGCAUUACGUACUUAUGCAUGCCUAUUAUAGCCUAUUUUUAUAAGCAUAUUUUGAGAAAAGUCAAGCAAAUGUUUUGUGAUUUGUAUGCAUUAAAAUACAAUUUUGUAUAUCUAUGCAUAGCAAUGUAAAUAGUUUAUAUUCUGCAUUCUUUGAUAGACUAAAACAACUGUAUAAAUUCUGACUAAUAUAUAUAUAUGAAUAAAGCACUUGUGUACGCUUGAAGCAUCUGUGUAUAUGAGAAAUAAAACUUGAUAUCAGUGGGUUUUUUUA